AUGUCUCCAGAAGCAAGUUCCGAAACCAAACGCUUCUACAGCACUUCCUCCCCAUGGGAAGCUCGGUUCGGCUACUACCGAGCAGUCCGUCGUGGACAGCAUAUAUUUGUAUCCGGCUCGACUGCCGCAGAUCCCGAUUCUCCUCCAGAGGCACCACGAGUCAGGUAUCCAGGUGAUGCCAGACAGCAAACACGUGUGACAUUGGAGGAGAUCAUUCAAGCUAUUCAAGCGGUCGGUGGGAAAGGGGCGGAGAGUGUAGUUCGGUGUCGGAUGUUCGUGAGCAGGAAAGAGGAUUGCGGGAUUGUUGGCGAGGCAUUCAGGGAAGUUCUGGGGAAGCAAAAUGGAGGACAGGUUGGAGCAGCUGCGACUAUGAUUGUAGUAGCUAAUAGCUUCGUGGAUGAUGACAUGCUGGUUGAGAUUGAAGUGGACGCCAUUGCGGAAGAAUGA